AAGAAAGACACUGUCACUAAGGAUAUCUAAACUUAUAGAUAUAAAUAUAUAAAUAUUUACCUUUUCAAAAACACAAAUCUUUUAGUUAGAAAAGACAGUGCUUUGUUUUCAACACACGUUCCUCAGUGAAACUGUCUAUUGUUCAGGAGUGCACACACUGCUGGAGAAGCUCGCUCAAAGUGUGUGUCCCACACAGGUCUGAUGACAGCCAUCUGCUGGGGUUCAGGCCCCUCAGUUCUUAUUGUCCUCCAGAGAGGGAGGAAAGCCCUUCCCCCGACUCCUCAUAUUUGAGCUGUGCUCUCGGAAGUUAUGAUCCAGUGAUGACUCGAUCUAAAUCAGCUUUUCAAAUGAUAUUUUAGAUGUUUAGCUAGAGUCCCUGUGAUCAUCAUCAUGAAUUAUAAAGGCUGAGGUGACGUCAGCGUGAACUCGACUCCUGCGAACACAAACAGGGUUUAUGAAGCUCAUGUUUAAUGCGGGUUUUGUCCUCGAGUAAAGGCAGAUAAUGCUCCGAGGGCCGCCUCGCUUCACGAGCAGCAGCAGGACGGAGGAUGAGACGCCGGACUCGGGCGCGGAGACCGCGGGAUCUGAAUGCAGUAAAAUGUCCUGCAGUAGCACUGACCUCUCGGCUGUCCCGGGUCAGGAGCUCCUUCUGCUCACCAUGCACCUGCUCACCAACCCCGGCACCUCGCUGCUCCUCCAGCACACUCUGGACCGCCUGCUGAAGUGGGUCCGUCCCGGCCUGCGCCUCUUCCACGUGUCUGAGCGGGCCUGUCCUCUUCAUGACUACACCAGAGCUAACCAGUGCCCCUCGGCUGGCCACCCCUCACAUGCCGUCACCAUAUUCUUACACGAGUCUUACGGCGAGGAGCGAAUUCUCAGAGUACUGGACUUCCUGCAGUGUCCGCCCUGGCAGUACCACCAUACAGAGAGCUGCGGUGCCAGAGAGGCCGGCGUUCAUGUGAGCUCCCCGUCCAGCACCCUCCUGAGGCCUUAUCUCCUGCCCAGCCGGGACUUCUACAGCCUGGGUGCAGGGAUGCCGGUGUGGGGUGUGCGGCCGGUGCACUACGGAGAAGAGGUUGUGCGGGUGACUUUGCAUAGCACCUAUGAUAACUUUGAGGACACUGUGCGUUUAUAUGAGACUGUGCUACAGAGGAGGGCAGAAGAGCAGAAGACAGGCUUUUGCUGGUUCACACUGCUCUCAGAAGCAGGCUUCAGCCUACAGCUGGCCAUCAAGCAGCUCUCCCCCGGGGUGCGAGUAGAGCCGUGUUACUCCACGGUGCUGCAGUUCAGGGUGGGGGAGAUCGGACAGCUCGUGCCCUUACUGCCCAACACCUGUUCGCCCAUCAGUGCCAGCCGAUGGCACACCGAAGACCUGGAUGGCAACAAGAUCCUCUUUCAGGUUACAGCUCCAACACAAGCCCAAGGCUUCCUGAGGUCUGCGUUUCCUCUGAGCUGUCCGAGGAUGCUCCUGAGGAGCUGUGUAGCUGGCAGACCUCCUUCCACCUCUCCCUGCAGGAGGAAGUCCCAUCUGAAGGAGCACUUUGAGGACCGCUGUGCCCAUAGUAUGAGGUCAGGCACAUGUGGCAGGGAGUGUGCCGGGUCAGACAGCACCCGAAGCUCUCCUCCAGGAAGCUCCUGUUACUCGUCCCAGCGCAGCAGCCCCGCAGGCCUGUCGAUGAACUGGUACGAGCCCAUGAUAACCUCAGAAACCUCCCUAUCCCACCUCCAGCUGGAAGAGGAAGAGCCAGAGAUGAAUGUGGACACGGGUUGUGCUGUGAAGCCGCAGGCUGCUUUAGGAGUGUCUGCUCUGCUGACUCUGUCUAGAGACCUGAAACACGUCCUGGAUGAGCCUCGGUGGACCACUGAUGAAAGCACAACGAGCGUCAUAGCAGAGACACAGGCUUCACAAUGGCACAGUCAACAUCAACAUGCACAAGUAGAUGAGUUCUUCAUCUGAAUGUUACUAUUUACUCAUUUCUUUGGAAAAGCAGCAAACAUUUACAUGAAUGCAUUUGCCAAAGCCACUUCACAUUUUUUUUACUUUCACAUAUGAUCAUCCACUCGCAUCGUUGAUUACAUAAUCUUAACAAAUGACAUAAAUAUAAUUUUUAUUUGAAUUUUAUCUUUUCUAUAGCAUUUAUAGUGGCAUUCAAAAGAUAAUGAAAAUGCUUCUAUUUUGCAUAUUAGUACAGAUUUUUCAAUGCAAGUUACAUGAUCAUCAUAACGUUAAACAGAGAUUACCUAACAAAUUUAAGAACAGAUCAUCCUGGGGGGAAGGGAUCUGGGUUAACUACACAGUAAAACCCCCAGUGUUAAAUUAACACUCCCAGUGUUUAUAUAAUCCAUACUCAGAGUUUUAAAGUAACAUAAGCAGUGUUAAAGUUAAUGAGAUAAUUAGUUUAGUAAUUGAGUGAUUAUUGAGCAUUAUUGAAGGACAAUUGCAGUUAACUAACUGAAUCACUGAAACAGAGAAACAAGAAUAGAAAUAAAUAUGAGCAGAUAUACAAGAACUAGUACUGACUUCAGCCCCAACCUUAGAUGAAAUCAACAUAUGAUAAAAGAAGACAAUAAAUCUCUGGAGAUCUCACCAGAGGAGGAUUAAACAACUCCACAAACAGCUUUACCAGCUUCACACAUUACUAACAAGACUGAGUUUAGAUUGUGACGUUUUAGUUUUGUUAUCAAGUUACCAUUAUCGAGAUCAGUGUUUGCUUAAGUUGAGCUCUUGACGCUUGACUUUAAACACUUGAAAUAAAAGAAAAGACCUAGAAAAAAAAUAGGUGUUGUCUAUGGCUCAGUAAAAACUUUCUCAGCAUAAAAUUACUUGUAUAAUUGACAGCCUUGAGAUUGAUCUGAAGCACUCUUGCAACUUAUUCUGAAAUAAAAAUUUAGGUUUAUUUAUUAAACAGACUUCAAGAAUUAGCAUAUGAAUCUCAACAAUGGUGACGAUCUACAUACAGCUCCAUGUUGUACAGUGUUGUGGGUAACGCGUUACAAAGUAACGCGUUAGAGUACUCUAAUUACUUUUUUCCUGAAAUUUGUAACUUAACGC